UGACUCAUCCCAGCUCUGCCUGCAGAAGUGGGAGCCCAAAAGAGAUAGGGGGAAUGCAGAAUCCAGACCAGCCUCACCGUGAUAGCUUGGGGUUACUUGCAGGGCCCUGCAGGACCUGCUGCAUCAGAUCUGCUCCUCCUUUCUGGAUUCUUCUGGGAUGGUCAUGCUUUACCUUAGUGUCAACUCUGGCUGCUCACAGAUUGAGCUCAGGUGGUAAUGUUUGGUAGGAGGUGCCCUUACUCGCAGGAACAUCUCACGGGUGCUCGAGGUUCUUAAAACUCACUCAACCCUCCUUUGCUACUCUUCUGUAAGCUUAUCUGCUCUCUUGCCCAGAAUCAAACGUGGCAUUCUAUCUGGGGCCAGGAGACGGAAACAGAAAUCAGUCACACCAGAGGGUCUGUGAGCAGGACAAGCAUGUUCCCUGUGAUAACUAGAGCACUGCCUCGGGCGUGACCAGGCUACCCAGCCAGUCCAGUGUACAAGAAUCUGCAGGCUUCCUUCCUUGCUUGCUUCCUUCCUCUGAGAUCCUCCCUCACCGUCUUACCUGGGGGCAGGUAAUAAAGCAGGAGGAGGAGAUGGAUGGACAGGGAGGGCGGGGAGACACGUGGUGCCAUAAAGCCUAGCUAGAGAGGGCCUGUCCAGAGAGUGUCCAGCCAGCAAGCGCCAACAGCCAGAGUGGACCAGCAGCUCUUUGGACCCGAAGCUGAAGCUGCAGGACCAGGGCUUAGGCCAUGCUCCGAGGCACGCCAGGACUAGGCCUCAGGGGCCUGAAGCGGAGUGAGGGUUCUGUGGAGGACUUGGGGCGCCCUUGCCCCGAGGCUGGCAGGAAUUUUGGAGUGCUGAGGCGCAGCCUGGACGAGGCAGAGGAGGCGGCAGGCAGAAGGCGCGAGCGGCCGGCACGGUCCAAGGCUCGGCGCAUGGCGGCCAACGUGCGGGAGCGCAAGCGCAUCCUGGAUUACAACGAGGCGUUCAACGCGCUGCGCCGGGCGCUGCAGCACGACCUGGGCGGCAAGAGGCUCUCCAAGAUCGCCACGCUGCGCAGAGCCAUCCACCGCAUCACUGCGCUCUCCCUGGUCCUGCGCGCCAGCCCGGCGCCCCGCUGGCCCUGCGGCCACCUGGAGUGUCACGGCCAGGCUGCUCACGGCUCAGGUGCCGGGGACUCCGGCUUCAGUGCUCCUCGGUCCGCGCCGCCGCCCGCAGCGCCUGGCCUCGCGCGCAGGGACGUCACCAGCUCCUUCGUGCCGCCUGCACCGCGCUGCGCUUCGUGCUCCCCGCACGCGCACUUGGGGCGGCCCAGGGUGAUGGCCGAAGGGCCCACUUUGUCCCAGGCCUCCAGCGGAAGCUGGCGCCGAUGUCCCGGGGCUCCCCCUGUUGGACCGAUUUCGUGGCGGUGGGGCUCCGGGAUGGGCUACCAGCACUCCUGACCCGGCGGCCACCGAGAGGGACACCAGGUUGGUGGAAUGAUGACUGAAAAAGAGAAGACUGCAAAAGUCAUCCUGGACACAGCAAAACUGAAUGGAUUGCGACUUGAGUGGCAGAGGAAGCUGCCUUACCAGUGGGAAGGAACCCUGGGAACCGGGGCAGCCUCCCAGCCUUGGUUGCUGAAAAAGGAGUGAGAUCUUAGGUUUGGACUUGGUCAACCUUUUCUUCCUGGAAAAUGGCCUUUGCUUUCCUGUGCUUCUGAGCCCUUGUUUCUCUUGCCGCAUUUGGACAGUGGGACUUGUGGGGUUUUGUGGGUAGACAGCUGCUGUGAUCUGAGGGCACAUGCUGUGGCCCUCUUACCAUGUUUGGGGGGCUGCUGAUCUGAGAGGUCCGGAAAAUGACCAAAUAAAAAGGGAAAGUGUCUUGUCCGUCUGCUA